AUCACUUUGUAAAAGCUACCUGGAUGCUAGUUAGUUAAAGGCAACCUUUCAGAAACUACCUUCUAGAUUGGAGUAUCCAGGUGUCCUUUGGUGGUUUCUAAGGGGAAUUCUGUCCAUUAACUCCUAGUGUUCCAUGCUUUUAAGUCUCCUUUCCUAAAGUCAAAUGAAUCCUCAGGUUAUUACACACUAGGUCUGGUCAUAAUUACACGCUUAAUCCAGUUAUAAAUAUCCAGAACUGUUUCUGGUAGGGUUGAAUGAAUACCCUGCAUGAUUACAAAAUGUUGUCAGCCAUAGAGAUACAGAUUUGUUUUGAUCCUUAGCCACUAUAGUCCUUUCCUGAAUAGUGGAGAGAAUGACUUUUUUUGAAGAAAAAAUGUAAACUUUUGCCUAAUUAAAAAAAAAAAUUCCAUUAGUCUAUUUCAACAAUAUUUUUUGACAUGUUUUUCAGCAUAAUUUUUUAUUUUAAUAUUAUUUUUUCCAAUUAUAUGUGACUAUUCUUAGCAUUCAUUAUAAAAAUAAAAACUUUCGACAUAUAAAGAAAUAGGUCAAAUAACUUGUCCAAUUCUGCAUCUUUUCCACAGCAAUUAGCAAAAUUCUUGGCAUAUUAAUGGAGCUUAAUUUUUUUUUAAUUGAUUGAUUUCCCCAAAAGUCUUGGUGGUUUUAUUUCUUUAGGGACAACCUGUGUCUAUCUCAAACUUUGACUGAAUGACUAGCUGUGAUACCCUGGGCAAGUCAUUUACCCCGAUGUGCCGCAGCGUCCUCUAUCUAUGGGGAGCGUCUCUCCAUCACCACUCCUCCCCCUUCAACAAUCCUUCUGAGAAACGAUCCGUAUAUUUCCCAGAAUUCACUGGGCCUGUUACGGUUCUUGGGACCACGCUCCAAUUCCCCACAAUUGCCUAAAAACUUUUCGGCAGGUAAUGAAAGCCUUGAGGAUAUGGUUUAAUCUUUUCAGUCGUCUCCAACUUUUCAUUUAAGAAACAGUCGUGGUUCGCCAUUUCCUUCUCCGACUCAUUUUACAGAGGAGGAAAUUGAUGCAAACAGGCUUAAAUGACUUAUAUAGCUAGUAAGUGUCCGAGACCUCAUUUGAACUGGUCUUCCUGACUCCAGGCCAGGCGCUUUAUCCCCGGUGAUACCGACCUGCCCCCUGGUGGCCUUUGGUUGAACUUUGAUGAGGAGCCUUCGGGUAUCAGUGCAUUCUGGGAAAGGUAGUUCAGAUGCUGUCAGUGGGCAGGCGCGACUUCUAGCUUGUCCAUACCCUUGUCUGAGAACUCACAGACAAGCGGAGGGUGUCACUUCGGACGGUCUGUGGAUAAGUCGGAGAAUGCUAGUAUUCACGUUAAAGAAAUUUCUCUCCCCUUUUCCCCGCCACCCUUGGCUCGGCCCAAAGGAACUUGUGUGUCCGGGAAUUUUGGGAAUGGUAGUUCAAGUGGGAGAGGGACCUGGAUGUGCACAGGCGCAGUUGGUCUCUGGCCGGGGGUGAUCAUUGCCAUUGCUUCCCGGGGAAGGCCGCCGGCAGGUCACUAAUUUGUAGAACCAUGAUGUUGCUAGAACAUAACCCUGGAGAGCAAGAUUCAAUCUUAGUGGAAAUAUGUGGUCAGAGACCUUUCACCAGAGCUUCAGGAUAGAGACUGAGAUGAAGAAGCAGAUCCUGGACUGCUUGUGGCAAAGGAAUUAACUGACUCAUCGUGCUCAGAGACACAAGACUUUGGUAAACCAUUAAUAGCAAGGAGGGAAUGAAUGAUUGUAGAGGACUUCACUAUAGUAGACUUGAAAGUGUCUUACAAAUCUACUUUUCUCCAAGUUAAUACAAAGAGGAAAAGAAGGAGCUAGAAAUGACUUCUAUUCUACUUUCAGCAAGAUCCCAGGAAUCAGUGACAUUCAAGGAUGUGGCUGUGAACUUCACUCGGGAGGAAUGGGGGCAACUGGAUCCUUCUCAAAGGGACUUGUAUAGGGAUGUGAUGUUGGAAAACUAUGGGAACCUUGUAUCCAUUGGUCUUCCAGAUUCUAAACCAGAGGUGAUCUCCCAGUUGGAGAGAGGAAAUGCACCAUGGAUGCCAGAGGAAGAAUUCCCCAAAAAUACUCAUAUAGAUUAUCUUAGCCUGCAAAUUGAACAUGAAACUGAAUAUUCAUCUUCAAAGCAGACUAAUUGUAUGGAAAUAACCAAGGAAGGAUUCAGAAAAGAAGUCACCUGGAAUUCUAAGAUGAGAGAAAUUUGGGAAUGUAAUAUCAAAUUAGAGAGGCAAGAGAGCAACCAGAAAAAACAAUCCAGACAAGUAAUAAACACUCCCAGAAAAACAUCUGAUGAUUAUAAUACAUUGGUGGAAAGUUUUAGCCCAGGGUUAGUCUUUGUUCCACAACACAAAGUUACUACAGGAAAAGGUCUCCUUAAAUAUAAUCGUAUUUCUUUAGGGAAAAAGCUUUCUAAAUACAAUAAAUAUAGGAAACCCUUUAGUUACCAUUCAGACCUUAUUCAAUUUCGAAUAACAAAUUCUGGAGACAAAUCAUAUAUAUGUCAUGAAUGUGGGAAAGCCUUCAGCCAGAGGAGAUACCUUAUUGAACACCAGCGAAUUCAUACAGGACAGAAGCCCCAUAAAUGUAAUGAAUGUGGAAAAGCCUUUAUCCAGAGAGGAAACCUUACAUCCCAUCAAAGAGUUCAUACAAGAGAGAGACCCUUUGAAUGUAAAGAAUGUGGGAAAGCUUUUAGUCAAAGGGGUCACCUUACUGAACAUCAGAGAAUUCAUACUGGAGAGAAACCCUUUGAAUGUAAAGAAUGUGGGAAAGCCUUCAGCCAUAGGGGCCAUCUUGCUGAACACCAGAGAAUUCAUACUGGAGAAAAACCAUUUGCAUGUACUGAAUGUGGAAAAGCUUUUAGUCAUAGAACAUCCCUUAUUUAUCAUCACAGAAUUCAUACUGGGGAGAAACCCUUUAAAUGUAAUGAAUGUGGGAAAGCCUUUAGUCAGAGAGGAAACCUUACUGAACAUCAGCGUAUUCAUACUAGAGAGAAACCCUUUGAAUGUAAUGAAUGUGGGAAAGCUUUUAGCCACAGAGGUCACCUUACUACACAUCAGAACAUUCAUACUUCAGAGAAACCAUAUCUUUGUAAUGAAUGUGGUAAAACUUUUAGUCAGCGAGGAAAUCUUAUUGAACAUCAGCGAAUUCAUACUGGCGAGAAACCCUUUGAGUGCAAUGAAUGUGGGAAAACCUUUAGUAGAAGGGGGUAUCUUCCUGAACAUCAGAGAAUUCAUACUGGAGAGAAACCGUUUCAAUGUAAUGAAUGUGGAAAAGCUUUUAGUCACAAAGGAAGUCUUACUGAACACCAGAGAAUUCAUACUGGAGAGAAACCUUUUCAAUGCAAUGAAUGUGGGAAAACCUUCAUCAAAAACUCACGUCUAGCUCAACAUCAGAAAAUUCAUACUGGAGAGAAGCCAUUUGAAUGUACUGAAUGUGGGGCAAUGUUCAGCCAGGAAGAGAAACUUAUUGAACAUCAGAGAAGGCAUGCUGGAGAGAAACCUUUUGAAUGUAAAGAAUGUGGGAAAUUCUUUAGUCGGAAGGGUUACCUUACUGAACAUCAGAGAAUUCAUGCUGGAGAAAAAUCAUUUGAAUGCAAAGAAUGUGGGAAAUUCUUUAGUCGGAAGGGUUACCUUACUGAACAUCAGAGAAUUCAUGCUGGCAAUAAAUCCUUUGAAUGUGGUGAAUGUGGAAAAGCUUUUAGCCAAAGGAAAUACCUUACUCAGCAUCAGAAAAUCCAUACUGGAGAGAAACCCUUUGAAUGUAAUGAAUGUGGAAAAGCCUUUAGACAAAGGGGACACCUCACAGCACAUCAGAGCAUUCAUACUGCAGAGAAGCCCUUUGAAUGUAAUGUGUGUGGAAAAGCAUUCCGACAAAGAGGAAGUCUCACUGAACAUCAACGAAUGCAUGCUGGAGAGAAACCAUUUGAAUGUAAUGAAUGUGGGAAAGCAUUUAGUCACAGGAGCAGUCUUACUGAACAUCAAAGAAUCCAUGCUGGAGAAAAACCUUUUGAAUGUAAUAAGUGUGGGAGAGCCUUCACCCACAGAAAAUCUUUCAUUUAUCAUCAGAGACUUCAUAGUGGAGAAAAACCAUUUGAAUGUAAUGAAUGUGGGAAAGCCUUCAGUGACAACUCUUAUCUUACCUUACAUAAGAGAAUUCAUACUGGAAAGAAACCCUACAAGUGUAAUCAUUGUGAGAAAGCUUUUAGCCAGAGAGGAAACCUUACUGAACAUCAAAGAAUACAUACUGGAGAGAAACCCUUUGAAUGUACUGAAUGUGGGAAAGCCUUUACUCACAGGAAAUCCCUUAUUUAUCAUCAGAGAAUUCAUGCUUGAGUGAAAUUUACUGAGUACAGUAACUGUGGGAAAUUUUUUAGCCACAGCAGAUACUUUAAUUCAUACUGGUGAGAAGCUUUUUGAAAGUAAAAAAUAUGAAAAUCCUUUUGUCUAUAAAAGAAAGCUUAAUGAAUAUUAGAGGAUUUAUACUGCAAUCAUGAUAAUCCCUGAUAUUAUCAGAAACUUUAUAAUAUUAAAAAAUUAUAUAUAAGUAUUGCAUGUGGGAAAACCAGUAGUAACUGAAGGCCUAGAAAGCACCAGAUAACUAAUUAAAGGAGAGUCUUCUGUUAUUUACUUUUAAAAGUUUUAGAGUAGUUUAUCCCUCAUCAUAUGUUAGAUACUUCAUAUAAGAUUAUCAGUAGAAUUGUGAUGCCCUACAUAGAAUCGUUUUGGACCCAGGAAAACCAGAGUUCUAGUCAUGCCUCAGAUAGUUACUAGCUGUGUAACUCUGGACGAGUCACUUUAUUGUUCUCAGCCUCAGUUUUCUUAUCUGUAAAACAAGGAUGGCACCUACCUCACAGGAUUGGUGUAAGGAUCAAAUGAAAUCAAAUAGGGUAACAUAUAAAGUGUUUUUGCAUACCUUAAAAUAGUAUAUAAAUGCUAGCUGUAUGUAAUAAUGUGGGAAAUGCAUAAUGAAGCUCUGUCAGGUUUUUUUUUUUUUUUCCUUAGGGAAGGGAGAGAAAUACAGACAGUUGUUGCUUUACAUAUGUGUGCAUUAUGUAAACUUGACUUCAGAUGGGUGGGCAGCAAGUCCUCAAGGCAGGGUUUCUCUCCAAACACUGAAGCCCCUCUAGCUGUGAGAACUGUAAGUACUGAAGCAGGUUGGGUUGCUAGGAUGUAGUUUCAGGAAGAAGGAGAAGUCUGCAGAAAGUAGAUGAGAACUAUCUGUAUUAGAGAAUUGAAGAUGGCAGAGUUUGUCACCUCUGAGGUCUAACCUUUCUUCCUGUAAUACAUACUGGCUGCCAUCUAAUGGCUUAAUUACAUGAAUUAGCAUAGCCAGCAUUUGCGUGCAGAAAUGGGGUCUAAAUUACAAUAUAUUUUUUAAACUAUUCAGUAAAGUCACUGAAAUAUCAUAUAAUUAUAUCUUUUGUAUUCUUUAAAAAAUAAUCUAGUUAUAGUUAAGACAUAAUCUUAAAGCAUAUUACAUUGGAAAAGAACAUCAGUGAUAGCCUUAAAGGACCUGAAUUAAAAUUCCUCUGACAUUCCUUCUGUGACAUAGGGCAAAUCACAACCUCUGUGUGACUGUUGGUUUGUUUUUUUUUUUCAUCUGUAACCUAAGGGGGUUGGACUAGAUGGUCUCUAAGAUCCCUUCACACUCUAUAUCUAUGAUUGUUAUAAACUGUUAAAUAGAGUUUUCUCAAUAAAAAAAAAAAAAGCAAGUCAAUGGUAUCAAACAAAUAACAAAAAUGCCCUCUUUGAUUUUAUUUGCCCUUCAGAAUUCUUUCUUUUGCAUGAUUUACCACUGUUGCUGCUUCUGCUGUUUUAAUGUUAUUGGAGAAAGCUCUGGACUAGGAAUCAGAAAAAGGAGAAUUCAAUUCAAAUCCCAUUCUCUAUACUUUUAAGUGGUAUGACCCUGUAAAGGUCAUUUUUAUCUUUUUAAGCUUUAACAAUUUUAUCUUUAAAAUGGGGUGAUAAUAACACUCCAUAAAAGCCUUUCUCUGGUACCUUGUGCCAUGAAGAUCACUCUGAUUUCUCAACAGGGCAUUGUAAAACAAAAUGAUUUCUGACAGGUUAUACAAAAUUGAAAAUACCUCAUGACAUACUUUAAUCUUUCUGAGGUACAGUAUGAUUUAAGUAUGUGGAGGAUCAUCAACAGUAUUUUGGUAAUUUGCUGAUUAAUUUUGUGGUCAUGGCUGUUCACAAAACAAAGGAAAAAUAUAGCCCCCAACCUUGUAAUUUCCCAUUUGCUUCUAAAAGGAUGGCAAAGUCAUAAAAAAUGUGACACAGUUUUGACAAUUUUUUUGUCACAUAUAAACUAUUUUUAUUGCUAUUAAUAUGAAAUUAUUAGUAAUUAGCAAAUUAUUCUUUAUCUUUUCUUUCUUACAUUCCUACUCCUGGCACUGAUAUGACUUUUUCUUGAAGAUAACACAUCUCUCAUCUCCUGAAAUGUCUUUUUCUUCUUCUCCCUGUCUCCUAGUAUAGUAAGUAUUACCAACAAAUUUCUAAUUCUCCACAUUUCCAAAUUAUCCCUUUGAAGUUCAUGGUAAUUGUAUGACCCUAACUCAGUCAUUCUACCAAUCUAGUUUAUAUUCAGAUGCACAUUUCAGCAUUUGACAUAUCUUAUUCAUCCCAUUUUUAUUUCUCUUAUCUUAGAUGUUUAAUACUCAUAUCUGAGCUUUGUUUUUUCCUGGCCUCUUAAUUCAUCAGUGUCCUCAACUCCUAUGACCUCUUUUCACUCUGUAGUCACUUCAUAGAAGAUAGUCUUUUUUUUUUUUUUUUUUUUUUUUGCCUCAUCAUGAAAGCUUUUCCCCACAUGCAAGUGCCUGAACUCUGACAUUUUCCUUCUUGCUUACUAAUUUGAGAUUAGAUUUGAAAGGUUCUUGAGCAAUAAUGUAGUCCAGUCCAUUCUUGAAUAACAACUUUCCAGCAGGGCUUCAUAAUUAGGGAUUGUUUGCCUUUUCAAUAUUUUGGAUAACUUUUUCAAUUGGUUUCCUUUGAAAUAUUAUGUUUUAUACUAUUUUUUAAAUAAUAUAAAAAAUAAAAAUAAAUUGAGAUGGGCUUCUUCAGGUGCCAAAAAAAUCUAAACACACACACAUAGUGGUUAUCAUUUACUGUACAGGCAAACCCACUACUUUCUGAGACAAUCCAUUUAACCAAUGGAUCACUCUAAUAAUUAGGAAGUUUUGCCUUAUGUCAAGCCCAAAUUUCCUCUUUGUGACUUUGAUUCAUUGGUUCUAGUUCUGAUUUCUAGAGCCAUUUAUACUGGUUUUAACCAGGAUAAUACCUUUGUGAGAGCCCUUCAAGUACUUGACCAUUAGCAUAUUUCUUUUUCCUAAGCUAAACAUUUCCUCAUCUGGCAGGAACUUAAGACUUUUAAAUUAACCUUCUUGUUCAUCUUCUUUGGACAUUUUCAAGUAUGAUUAUUUUUGCCUUAAAAUGUGAUUCCUGAGGGGAGGUGGGUGGCAUAAUUAUAUGAAUAGAGUAUCAGACCUGGAAUCAGGAAGACUUAACCUUCCUAAGUUCAAAUCUGGCCUCUGAAGAAGGAAAUGGAAAGCCACUUAGUAUUUUUGCCAAGAAUGCCCCAAAUGGGUUCACAAAGAGUUGGACAUAGUUAAAAACGACUGAAAAACUAAAAAAAAAUUAAUACAUUAUAUGUGAUUUGACUGUCAUAUUACAAUCAUGCUAUCAUCACCCAAGGUAUAAAUACUAUGUUCCUUAACAGAUCUUAAUUAGGUAUUUAGUUUUUUGGAGGUUGUAUCAGUCAUAGUGUUUCCUAAUUUGAAGCUUGAAGUCAAUUACAAGCAUCACUUAGUUUUCAGAUGAAUUCUUUUUAAACAGUAUUCCUCAUUUUGAAUUUAUGAAGUUGCUUUUUAAAAAGCCCAAGACUUUACCUUAUUAAAUCAAAUCUUUAAAAAUUCUCUUCAUUCUAUUAUGUAGUACUUUUCACUUUAAAACUUUUGAAAUUAUCUCAGAAUCUUAGGGGUGGAAGGGAUCUCAUAGGCCACUAAUAUUAAGUUCCUGGAUAAGAAUCUUCUAAGCAGAGUAAUUUACCCAUGGUCAUCUUGUCUAUUUGAAAACCUUUAGAGGAUGGGGUCACUUUGCUUUAUGAAAAAAGUCAUUCUCUUGGUAUUGCUCUGAUUUUAAAGAAGUCUUUUUUCUUAAAUUUUCUUUCUGUCAUUUCCACACUUUACUCCUCUGGAAUCAAGCAGAAAAUAUUUAAUCUCUCAUAAUUCAGCCCUUCAAACAUUUCAAAGCAACAAUGUUCCUUUUUUUUUUUUUUUUUUUUUCCUCUUGGCUAAAUAUCUCAGAUGGCUUCAAUUAGUUCUUCAUCCAUAUACUACCUCUGUUCAUUGUGGGCAAAUCACUUACACCUUGGUUUUCCCAUUUAAAAAAUGGGAAUAAUAGCAACUACACUGAGUUGUUGUGAGGAGCAAAUAAAAUAUUUUGUAUUGUGUACAUAAAUUAAAAUAUUUUGUAAAUCUUUGUAAAACUUCAGCUUUAGGAUUUGCCCUUCCAGUGAGUACUCUUUUGACUGAUUACCUGGGAAACUAAGUUAUAUAGUGAAUAGAGUACUGGGCCUAGAAUUAAGAAGACUGAGUACAAAUCCAGCCUUACACACUAAUUUUGUGACUCUUACCUAUUUGCUUCAGUUUCCUCAUCUAUAAAAUGUGCUGGAGAAGGAAAUGGCAAACCCACUCUAGUAUCAUUGCCAAGAAAACCCCAAAUGGGGCUAUAAAGGCGUACACAAAUGAAAUGACUGAACAGCAACAAAGGGACUCUUCUACAGUACCAUAAUUUGAAAAUGUCGAUUCUGUGGUGCUCAACUUAUAUUUCAACUUUCACAGUCUUACUUCACUACUAUUUAUAUGGAGCUUUGUUGGCAAAGAUAUAUACUAUAUAUAAAGAAUAUAAAGAUAUAUAUAUAUCUGCUUUUUAGUAUGUUAUCCACAUUUUCUAUAAUUUUCCUUUCAAGGAGCAAGCAUCUUUUAAUUUCAUGGCUAUUAUCACUGUCUGCACUGAUCUUUGAGACCAAGAAUAUAAAAUCUGAUACUGCUUCCAUUUCUUCCUGUUUCUCAGGGAGUGAUGAGAUGUCAUGUUGCCAUGAUCAGUCUGAUAGUUUUUCCUACUUCAAUUGAAGUCUGAAUUUUUCAAUAAGAAGCUCAUGAUCUGAGCCACAGUAAACUUCCCGUCGUAUUUUAACUGAUUAACUAAUUUUGGUUGCAAAGGAUAUUAUCAAUCUGAUUUUAUUAACCAUAUGGCAAUAUUCAUAUAGAAAGUCACUAAAAAGUAUUUUCUGUGAGUAGUAAGUUAUCUCAAUAAAGCUCCAUUAUUCUCUG